AUGCGUAGUCAUGAAUCAGUUGGAUAUAGUAGUGCAUAUGCUGAGCUCUAUAAUCUAGCAGUUUUGAAGCCCAAAGAAGAACGCACUUGGCCGUGUUAUGAAUGUACAUUGAAAUUUGAGUGUUCUGAAGAAUUACAGAACCAUCUGAACAUUCACGACGAUGAUGGAGAUGAAAAUAUAAAACCAAAAAGAAAGUUGAACAGAAAUAAAAAAAGAUUUUUCAAGAGAUAUCAGACUGAAACGGUUGAGUGCAACGUUUGUCAGGAAGUAUUUUUUCAGUACAACUACAGCUUCUUGAAACUUCAUGUUAUUCAGAAGCACGGAUUCACCAAAGGAACUGUUGAAGAUUAUUUCACUGUUGUUUUGAACUUCAGAUGUGAUGUAUGUGCUACAAUUUUCAAAUCUGAAGCUUUAUUAAAAAUACACAACUUAGAACAUGAUCCAGACUCGUCUGAUGAACAGCGAAAUCAUGUGUGUCCAGGUUGCCAAAGAAAAUAUCCUACCCAACGACAACUCGUUUUGCAUGUUAUGCAACAUGCUCUUCCUAAAAACGUUGUUCAGUCAGAGAGAGUCAAAUGCCCCGUUUGUUACAAAAUGUUUUCUCAACGUGAAAGGUUACAAAAACAUAUGUUAGUUCACGGUUCUGAAGAAUCCAAACCUUUGCAAUGCAAAACAUGUAAGAAGAGAUUUCUCAACAAUUCUGCUUUGGCUUGCCACAUAAAAACUCACUUUGCUGGAAAGAAAGUUUUUGAAUGCCCUAUAUGCAAAGAGAGUUUCGAUCAUGUCCUGAAACUCAAAAGCCAUGUUCCUAUUCAUUGUCAUAACAAUACCUUCACCUGUCCGCACUGCAAGAAGAUUUUCAGGAAAUACAGUAUUAUUAGAAAACAUAUCAGAGCCUUUCAUUGCGAAAGGACCCACGAUUGCCAACACUGUUCCAAAGUAUUCCCAACAGUAGAUAAGCUGCGUAUGCAUCUCCUGAGGCACUCUGACCACAGAGAAUUUUUAUGUGCCGAUUGCGGUAAGCAGUUCAAGAGAAAGGAUAAGUUGAAAGAGCACUGCAAAAGGGUACAUUCAGAAGAAAGGGAAAAUACAAUUCCUAAGCUUUCAAACAGGAACAAAAUCAAGAAAUUCACACCAAAAGUUGAGCCCACCGAUUUUCAUAGAUUCAUAUACAAGUGUCACGCUUGUUUGGUUGGAUUCAAAAGGAGAGGUAUGCUGGUGAAUCAUUUGGCUAAACGUCACCCAGAUAUUCCUCCUGACUCUGUUCCUGAACUCAACUUACCAAUUCUUCAAACCACACGUGACUAUUAUUGCCAAUAUUGUGAUAAAGUUUACAAAAGCAGCUCGAAGAGAAAGGCACAUAUAUUGAAGAAUCACCCCGGUGCUGCGUUACCUAUGAGCAAUAGAAAACAGGGCUCUUUGCAAGAAGUAUCUGGGCUUCCAAAUCCUACUUUCUCUCAAACUGUAGGCAGUAUAACUACAAGGCCCCAAAAUUGCAAGUGGUGCCAUAAACAGUAUGCCAGCAAAGCUAAAUUGUUGCAGCAUCAGAGGAAAAAACACCCUGACCAAAUGUCUGUUGAGGUAGGAUAUCAGUUUAAAGAAGAAGAUUUGGGAGAUGAUGGCUCUGCGGAAAAUGACAAGAAUAACAUAAUAAAAGAGAAUGCUGUUACGGAGUUUGAUAAAGUUGUAGAGGAUAUGAUGAGUAAUGAGUUGGAUGAUUAUAAUCUGGAAGAAGAUUCACAGUAUUGUCAUUUGUCAAUAAAUGAAAAUGAUACCUUCAUCGAAUCUAGCGAGAUGGAAAAUACAAAUUCGCAUUUAUAUCGACUGUUGGCUACAAACAAUGGAAUGCUACCACCACGUUGAAAUGAGGAUAAUCUAACUUAGUUGGGAAUUCUUCAUCUGCUCCUUCGUGAGUUUUCCGCUCUAAUCCGAGGGAUAUUUGCCUGCAAUCCGUACCGUAGGAUGAAACCUGCGUGUUUUAUCAAAGAUUGAUAUACGAUUUAAGGAUGGUUUAGUGGAGGAUGAUUUAACAGAAUUUUAGCAAUAACUUGUCCAUUUGUAAUGAUAACAGAAUUUUAUGCAAAUGUAGCCAGAUUAUAUUGUGAUCUCAUUUAAUAGUGAGGACUACACUCACUGCUUCAAAAUAAGCGAGUUAUUUAUUAUAUACUUUGAAUCGCCUUGAGAGGUAGUUUAACAAAA